AUGCCACCUCCAACCACGGUCCCAAAGAGUUCGAAAAACUCCUCCCAAAAGAGCAACAAGCCUCCACGAGUCCAAGCUUCAUCUCCAAAGAUCCAAGAGCAAGAUCAAAAAGAGAAGAAGAAGAAGCGAAUGAGCUUGGUGGCGACGAUGAAAGAAUUCGGCGCCAAGGAGCCAAUGAUGGAGGAAGAGCAAGCGGCCGAUAAUGUGGAACUACCUGAAGCAAUUACCUUCGACGAGUUUCGCACGAUGGACAUCUUGACAGAUAACGGCUUACGCGAGUUCUGCAAAAAAGUUGCUGAUGUUCGCGAACUCGAAAAAGCAGUUGCCUUUCUGGACGAGAAAAAUGCUGCAUUGGAAAAGAACAUCAAAGCUGAAAAAGUUGCCUUGAAGCUUGAGACGGACGAGUUUUUCCUGACGGAGAAUGCGAUCGAAAAGUAUGAAAAGAAGCUGGAGCAUUCAAUCGAGAGGCUUGAAGAUUCCAUCGAGACCGUAGAGUCGAUUCGACGUCUCCAGACGAGGUUGGUCAAAGCUGAUUCGGCUGUGCGAGUCCUGACUCAGACUGUCAAAAGAUCGGCCCAGAUUGAAACUGAACGAAUCCUGCAGAUUCGAAAUAAUGGACUCGUGGCGAUGGAAGCUAAGGAAUGGACUGCGAACUUGGAGGAUUACCUCGCUUACCAGAAGGUAAUCAAAGGGAUCUCGAUGGAAAAGAAGCCCAUGACCCGGAACCAGAUGAUCGUCUGGCUCAUCGAGAAGAGCAAUUCGCCUUCCACGGAAGAACCGGCAAAGACUAUUCCGCCUGGAGAACAAAACAACAACGAUUCGGACCAACGAGCUGCUUCUUCAGAGAUCGGAAAACCAGAAGCAAAUGCGAAAAAGAGAAGAUGA